GUCAAUGGGAAGGAUCUCUCAAAGGCCACCCAUGAAGAGGCCGUGGAAGCUUUUCGAAAUGCCAAGGAGCCCAUUGUGGUCCAGGUGCUAAGACGAACACCGCUCAGUAAACCAGCCUAUGGAACAGCCCCAGCAAUGCAGCUCAUGCACGCCAGCACUCAGACCGACAUCACCUUCGAGCACAUCAUGGCUCUGGCCAAACUUCGGCCACCGACCCCUCCAGUGCCAGACAUCUGUCCAUUCCUGCUCUCAGACAGCUGCCAUUCUCUUCAUCCGAUGGAGCAUGAAUUUUUUGAGGACAAUGAGUAUCUUUCCAGCUUGCCUGCUGAUGCAGACAGAGCAGAGGACUUUGAAUAUGAGGAGGUCGAGCUGUGUCGUGUUAGUAGUCAAGAGAAGCUGGGCCUGACAGUCUGUUACAGAACGGAUGAUGAAGAAGACACAGGCAUUUAUGUCAGCGAGGUAGAUCCGAACAGCAUUGCUGCCAAAGAUGGCCGAAUUCGAGAAGGGGAUCGGAUUUUGCAACUAGAUGCUGCGGAACUCCUUUUUCAUCAAGGACCUUCUCCUAAGACUCCAAUUAGGAAACAAUAA